CGCAGAUGAAGGACAUCGUGCUUGCUGUGUCGCUCGCCCCCCAUGAUACCAGCGAUCACGCGAUCAAGGCCGACGCAUACAGUAUCAGUCGCUGUCUCUUGCUUCGUGCGCUCGUCAUCUCGCUCCGCCGUACCACCCAUCAUGCCCGUCACGGUGAUCGCCGCCAAGCCCGCUGAGAACGUGAACUUCAGGUUCAUCGAUAUCGGAGUGAACCUCACGGAUCCGGUGUUCCGAGGACAUUAUAACGGGCGCAAGAAACACAAUGAUGACUUUGGGGCUAUGCUGGAGCGCUCGAAGGCGGCGGGUGUAAAGUCCAUGAUCGUCACCGGCGGCAGCCUGCGCGAAUCAAAGGAAGCUCUGGAACUCGCGAAGGAGCAUGGCCUCUACGCGACCGUCGGCUGCCACCCGACGCACUCGACCGAAUUCGAGAAGCACCCGGAAGGCGCGGAGGCCUACCUGCGCGCGCUCGACGCGCUCAUCCGGGCUAAUCGGACAGGCCGCGGCAGGGUCGUUGCCGUGGGGGAGUGCGGGCUCGAUUAUGACCGCACGCAUUUUGCGUCUCCCGACGUGCAGAAGCGGCAUUUCCGUGCGCAGUUGGGCCUCGCUAGGAAGCACCAUCUGCCGCUGUUCCUCCAUUCGCGCGCGGCGCAUAGGGACCUCGUGCAGAUCCUCCGCGAGGAGGGGUUCGGCGAGGACGGCGGCAGGGCGGUGGGCGGCAAGGGAGGCGUCGUUCACAGCUUCACGGGCUCGAUCGAAGAAUGUAAAGAAUAUAUGGACAUGGGGUUUCAUAUCAGCGUGAACGGGUGUUCGCUGAAAACGGAGGAGAACCUGGCCGCUGCGCGAUCGAUCCGUCCUGAAAAAAUCAUGUUCGAGACUGAUGCCCCGUGGUGCUCGAUGUCUUCUACCCACGCUUCCAAGAAACACCUCGACACGUUGCCCGCCUCCCUGCGUGCGCUGUACUUCCCACCAUUCACCAAGCCCGAGAGGUUUGUAUACGGGAAGCCCGUGAAGGGCAGGAACGAGGCCAGCGCGAUCGGGGGCGUGGCAUGGGUGAUUCACAGACUGAACGAGGGCGUGCCCUUCGACAAGGUGGUAGAGAAAGCGUGGAAGAAUACCGUAGACGUAUUUGAUCUGCGGGAGCUUGCCUGAGCCCCUGCACACUCCCGUACAUACAUGUUCUGUUCUGGCGACGCUCUUCGAAUUGUAUGUGAAAUUCCUUAUAUG